AUGUCUGGAGUGUUCCUGGAGACCCAGCCCCAGGGGGACCAGGCGGUCGAAGGGAAGAUGCUGGUCCUUGUCUUCUCUGUGGCUGAAGGCACAAGGGACACCAUGUUUUCCUGGCACAGAGAGGACACGAGGGAGAGUCUGGGACAGAAAAGUCAGCGUUCCCAGAGAGCAGAGCUGGAGAUCCCUGUUAUCAGGGAGAGCCACGCAGGGGGCUACUACUGCACAGCUGACAAUGGCUACGGCCUCAUCCAGAGCGAGGUGGUGAACGUCUCCAUGAGAAUUCCAGUGUCACAUCCUCUCCUCACUUUCAGUACUUCUGGGGCCCAGGCCUUCACUGGGGACAUGGUGGAGCUUCGCUGUGAGAACAAGAGAGCAUCUCCCCCCAUCCUAUACCGAUGUUAUCAUGAAAAUGUCACCCUGGGGAGCACCUCGGUGCCUUUUGGAGGAGGAGCAUCCUUCAACCUCUCACUGACCACAGGGCAUUCUGGGAACCAUGCCUGUGAAGCUGACAGUGGCCUGGGGGCCCAACGUCACGGGAAGGACAAGUCCAACAUCUCCUUCCACAGUACUAAACAUCCACCCAAAAUCCGCUUGGUGAAUGGUGCCCACCACUGCAAUGGGUGGGUGGAGGUGGAAAAGGAAGGUCUCUGGGGCACUUUGUGUGAUGAUGGCUGGGACAUGAAGGAUGUGGCCAUGGUGUGCCGGGAGCUGGGCUGUGGAGCAGCCAGACACACACCUGCAGGCGUGUUGUAUCUGCCAGUGGCAGAAGAUGACCGACCUUUAUUUAUUCAGGUAGCCCUGUGCAAUGGGACAGAAGAGGCCCUGGCUGAAUGUGAACAGGUGGAGACCUUUGACUGUGGGCACGAUGAGGAUACAGGCGUAGUGUGUGAAGGUGGGUGA